CAGUAUCAACUGCCUGCGCAGGAUUCGUAGGUCUCGAAGGGCAAGUCUCCGACGAGGAGCGGGCGCUUGGCACCAUGAGCGACGGAGCGGCAGUGGACGAGCAUUUCGUCGAGGGAGAUAGGGAGAGUAGUGUCGUGGCCGUGGACAACCAUGGAACCGGAGUCGCCUUCGCCGGCGCCAACUGGUGGCGGUUCGUCUUCUCCAUCGGACCGAUGGUGACUAACGACGACGGCGCAAGGACGUAUCUACGGAGGAUGGCGUCGAUCUUGACGACGAUGGCUCCGAGGGCGGCGAUGUAGAUAUGGAAAAUGAUGACAAACAAGGCGGCGUCGAGGCAGUCAGAGAUUGGACGGAGGAGGUCGAUGGUGGAGGGAAGAUGGAGGUCGCCGGAAGAUGGAGGUCACGGCGGCGGAGGGUUAAAGAAGAUGACUGGCGGCGGAAUGGGGAUGGGUUGGUGUUGCGGGGGGGUCUUUGCCGAGAGUAAAGAGAGAAGAACUAGGGAUUUUCUGAUCCUUCUUUUAAUUUGUUGCUUUGUUUUUAAUUUUUUUAAUUUUUUCCAUCAAAUUAAAUACAUAAUUAUUUAAUGA